AUUAAAGACGUGAUCCAAAGAUUAAAACUGAUAUUUUUAAAUUGGAGCAAUCGAAGACAUGACUCGUGACGAUUUGGAAGUUGGAACAAUUAACUCCAUUAUAUUAACUAAUUUUUAGGGCUUUUGAUAUUUUUGGUUAAUUAGGCGAUCUAAAUUUUGUUGUCUGUUUGAAUACUGGAAAGCUCAAGUACACUCUUAACUUCAGUAUUCAUCAUUGGCGGAACAGACAACUCGAGGCUGUUUUGAUUUUCAAGUUGAUAAUCGGGUGCAGAGCUGUUAGAUUGACAUGAACUUGCAGUCUUGAAAGUUCUCUAUACAGUGGUUGCCAAGCUGCGAAUGGUUUGAUUGUGGUGAAUGAAAUCCAAUUUAGUUGAAAAGGUUCAGCAUGAUAUAGAAAUAGACCACAUCUCAGUAGUUUUUGAUUGUGGUGAAUUAAAUCCAAAUUUCGAUUAGUGAAUAUUUUGUGUGCAUUUUAACUGGAGCACUUCUACAGCUCGGUCAUGCUUGCUUACCCUUUCACGUGGGUCUGGGGUGUGAAGAAUGAGUUGCCAUCUUGAAGUAUGGAUACGGUACUCUAGUAAGAUUGUCAAUCCUAGAAGAGAUAGAUAUACUUCAGGCGAGCAUGCAUGCUCUGAAUGAUCCUCAUCUUAUAGUUUUUUCAUGAUUGCACAAGGCAACUAGUGGAAUAACAUGAAGGAGUAGUUUCAUUUUUUUCUUCCUCAAAAAUAUUGGCCUCUGCUAUUUUCUCCUUUUUUCCAACUUAAUUUUGUCAUGAAAUGAGUAAAAGCAUCAUAGGAGUUAUGGAACUUAAGGAUAUGAUAAAUACAGAAAAAUUAGAAACCCCCAUGUUGUGGUACAUGAUUGUCCCUAUUGUGUUUUAUCCAUAAUCUUUCUCUGGAGAUGGCGCAUAUUAUAGUACAUAUGAAAUCUGGACAUUUUAAGUAAUCUUCUUGCUUAUAUUGACAAAUACAUGGAACUUUCAUCUUGCCCACCUUAUUGUUCCACUAAUUCAUUUGUCCUCUUUGAAAGGCUUCUGUAGUUUGAUACAUUUUAGUAUACUAUAGAUGUCACAGAAAUGUAAAACUUCUUUUUAACUUGGUCAAAGGAAAAUAAUACCAAAGAGAGAAUCAAAUUCCUGGUGUAUUUGGUUCCAUUUCGUCAAUAUCGAGAAAUCAAACAUUUGUUUCUUGAGGGAGGGAAUUGGAUUUUUACACUGACUCUUUAUCUUGCUUUCUCUCAUGUUAUUUAGUUGUGGAUGCCACAUGCAAUCAAAAUGGUAUUUUUUGUGGUUUAGAGGGAAUCUGGAAUCUCAACCUUCAGCUUCGAAGUUUCAUGCUGCUCUCCAUAUUUCUAUAAUAUGCUAGCAGGCUGCUUAAAUCUAACUAAUUUUUUAUUCUGUGAACUCCUAUUUCUUCUACAAGCUCAAUGUUAGGUGCUUUAGGUGUUUGUUGACCAUACAUUUUGCUUCAUCUGGUGUCGCAUCUAUAAAAUUCAUCAUAUAUUUUAUUUCAGUUUGCUUGCUCGAUCUAACGCAUAUCGUUUAUUAUUUUGCAGAUUUGUUAUGCUUAACUUAUCUGAGGGAUUGUUAAUUUCAUGAGAACUUUUACGUAUGAAAAGAAGUGGCAUGUUUGAUUUUCAAAAACAGACUCUUCAAUACCCAAGAAACAUUUCCAUUCUGCUAAUGAUGGAACAUGUUUAGUGUGAUUGAUCUCCGAAAGAUCUCAAGAAGACGUUAUUCUUAGCUGCUGAAACUGGUCUUCAGAGGAGGUCUACCUCUAAAUUUGCCUUCUCUUCAGCUUCUACAGUUAACUGAACGUGGUCGGGGCCUUGUGGCCUCGAGGAGCCCACCAAGUAACACCUUCUUCCUCAAGAGUUCUUUACCUCACACACAAAGAUAUGGGGUAUCAGUCUUCUUCUAUGAUCAGCUGUGAACUGAGAAUCAUCAGAGCUAAAAAUAUUGAUCUCAAACCCACGGGAGAACUAUUUGUUAGAUGCUAUCUGUCUGCAGGAAACAACAAAAGGGUCCAAAUAAACACCCCACGAAUCUCAACAAAAUCUGAUUUGAUUUGGAAUCAAACUUUCUCUUUAGACUGCUCGGGAAGUGACAAGGAUGAUUCCCUUUCCUCGCUCAAACAGGGAACUGUUGUUUUCGAGCUCCGAUGGAGAAGCACUGCACCUUUCGUUGGCAGAAUUAAUGGCUCAAAAUUGUUGGGAAGAGCUGAGAUUCCAUGGAAAAAUGUUUUUGUAUCACCAAAUAUGGAAAUCGAGAACUGGGUUGUAAUGACCCCAAAAGGUCAGAAAUGGGUCGAUGAAGAUGCUAAGCCAGCUGCAGUGCAAAUAGGAAUGAAAAUUCAAGAAUCUCCACAGGCUUCAGUAAAGAGAAGGAAAAAUGAUAGAAAGUGGGAUGAGUGUGGCUGCUGCAUGGAUGGUAUGUGUCGUUCAUGUGCAGAUUAUGACAUAUUUGCAAUUGGAGCUGCUUUUGAAGCCUUGUAAAUUUAGCUGACUAGGGUUGGUUCUUGCAUUAAAUUUUGGAUUUAGUUUAUUGGCAAUUUCAGCUAUUAAAUUUUGCAAAUUUUAGUUA